AUGGAUGAGAAUAAUGUCAGCGAAUUGGAGAAUGCGGUGUUAAUGGAAUAUACGCAGAUAGCUCAAACGAUGAAGAGGUUCAAUCACGUGUGUAAGGAGCUCAGCCAGAAUCCAAAUGAGCAGCUACUGCUCCAGCUGCGCCAUUUAGAGCAGAAGAUGGGUUUAGUGUUGACGCUGUACAAGGCCUCAGUAUGGAGUGUGAUUAUGGACGAGCAGCAGCAGUAG